UUGCUCUUCUAUGGCGGAGGAGGAGGAGAAGCGGCAGGGAGAGGCCGAGUUCUUCCUAGAACACGAUGACGUCGAUGACAACGAGCAUGGAGAUCUCGAGGUGAGCAAGGUCGGAGGAAGUAGCAGCGACGAAGAGGGAGAAGAGGACGCGGCGCAUGGUGGCGUCGGAGGCUGGAGCGGUUCACUGGUCGCCUCCAUCCCUCAAGUGUGGCCGCAGAGCUACAGGGAGACUACAGAUUCGUAUACCAUCUCGAUCUCGCCAAACUUUGGAUUUCUCGGUCACUCACCAAGUAUAAGAUAUUCAAGCUAUGACAGUGAUUUCACCAAGAGUAACAUAGACGCAGGUUCAAGAUCUCCUUUACUGACUGAAGAGAGUAAACAUCCUAGGGAGGAAGAUGUGAUAUCAAGAGCACAAUCAUCAUAUUCAGCUAAGUCUUCAUUUCACCGACAGAUUACGGGAGAAUUGCCUAUCAGUCAUGGAAGUAGCUUCACCCAGACUGUUUUCAAUGGGAUCAAUGUACUGGCUGGAGUGGGGCUUCUAUCUACACCUUACACAAUAAAAGAAGCUGGAUGGGCAAGUCUCGCGAUUUUAGUUCUUUUCGCCAUCAUAUGCUGUUACACUGCCUCUCUCAUGAGAGACUGCUUUGAAAGCAAAGAAGGCAUCGUUACAUACCCAGAUCUAGGACAAGCUGCCUUUGGGAGAUAUGGGCGCCUUUUCGUCUCUAUCAUUUUGUACACCGAAUUAUAUUCCUAUUGUGUGGAGUUUAUUAUUUUGGAAGGGGAUAACCUCACCAGACUAUUUCCUGGAGUAUCAUUUGAUUGGGCUGGUUUUCAGCUAGAUUCUUUGCACCUUUUUGGAAUUUUAACUGCUCUCGUUGUACUACCUACAGUUUGGUUGAGGGAUCUACGAGUAAUAUCAUACCUCUCAGCUGGAGGAGUAAUUGCUACAGCUUUGAUAUUCCUUUGUGUGGUGAUACUCGGUACUACAGAGGGUAUUGGAUUUCACCAAACAAGUCCCUUAGUGAAUUGGAGUGGCAUUCCAUGUGCCAUUGGUGUGUAUGGAUUUUGCUACUCUGGACAUUCUGUUUUUCCAAACAUCUAUCAGUCAAUGGCUGAUAAAACAAAAUUCAACAAAGCAUUGAUUGUGUGCUUCAUCUUGUGUGUCUUAAUAUAUGGCGGCGUUGCAGUCUUGGGAUAUCUCAUGUUUGGUCAAAGUACAUUAUCCCAGAUAUCCUUAAAUAUGCCAGGACAUUCCAUUGCUUCCAAAGUCGCCAUAUGGACAAUAGUCAUCAAUCCGUUCACUAAAUAUGCGCUGUUGAUGAACCCAUUGGCACAGAGCAUAGAAGAGUUGCUGCCUGCAGGAAUCUCGGACAGUUUUUUGUGCUAUAUUCUGCUUAGAACAACCCUGGUCAUCUCCUCAGUUUGUGUUGCUUUCCUUCUUCCUUUCUUUGGUCUUGUAAUGGCUUUAAUUGGUUCCCUCCUAAGUGUUCUUGUGGCAGUAAUUAUGCCAGCUUUGUGCUUUCUGAGGAUUAUGGGGAACAAAGCAACAAAAAUGCAGGUUAUACUGAGUACUGCCAUCGUGGUCGUGGGCGUCGUCAGUGCCGCGCUGGGGACGUAUUCUUCCAUUUCCCAGAUUGCAAGGAGUUACUGAACAGGAGAUUCAGCCACUCAAUGUAUAAUAGAGCUUUAGGCAAUCAUCAGUCCAGUUCUAUACCUUACAAGCUUCAUGGAACUUCAGCACCAGAUCAAUGUGAUCGUCAACUAUUUUUACAGCGUUAAUUGCUCAGUUGAUAUUUAAAAAAGAACAGGAGUAAAUACUGUCCUUGCUGCUUUGUGUAUGUUAGUUAUGCUGAUUCGCAUCGCUCUUCGAGGGCC